GUGGUGGUCAUUUCGCCCCUUCUUUUCACCGUCAACUCCCUGUUCUCCUUCUUCGUCUCGUGUCCACAUUGACUGUAAUCUCGACGGAGUAACUUUUCGCUCCGGCUAACUAACCUUUUCCUACCACAUCAAGAGAAUGACUCCAGAGUAUGAUUACCUGUUCAAGCUUCUUCUCAUUGGAGAUUCGGGUGUUGGCAAAUCCUGUCUUCUUCUGAGAUUCGCGGAUGAUUCAUAUAUAGAGAGUUACAUAAGCACCAUUGGGGUUGAUUUUAAAAUUCGUACAGUGGAGCAAGAUGGGAAAACCAUAAAACUGCAAAUUUGGGAUACUGCUGGGCAAGAACGAUUUAGGACAAUUACCAGUAGCUACUACAGAGGGGCACAUGGUAUCAUAGUUGUUUAUGAUGUGACUGACCAAGAAAGCUUCAAUAAUGUCAAGCAGUGGCUGAAUGAAAUUGAUCGAUAUGCUAGUGAUAAUGUCAACAAACUUCUGGUUGGAAACAAGUGUGAUCUUACUGCAAAUAGAGUUGUGUCCUAUGAAACCACAAAGGCAUUUGCAGAUGAGAUUGGUAUUCCUUUCAUGGAAACCAGUGCAAAAGAUUCUACUAAUGUGGAACAAGCUUUCAUGGCCAUGGCUGCUGCUAUCAAGGAUAGAAUGGCAAGUCAGCCAGCUAUGAAUGACACAAGACCUCCAACAGUGCAGAUCCGAGGACAGCCUGUUGUGCAGAAGAGUGGCUGCUGCUCUUCUUAGGUCAAAGCAAGUGCUUGUGACUUCUGCUAGGUCUUGUCUGCCAGCUUAUCCAUGGAUUGUAAGAUUACCAAUGUAUCUCGAUUCUCUUGCAAUCACAAAGGUGUUCUAAUGAACCAGCCUCGUCAAAAUUGCAUCUUUUAAAAUAUGAUUAUAGAACUGUGACAAUAGCUGUUCUUUGAAUGCACUUGGUCAUGUACAAAGUAGAAAUGCUUAUGAUAUUCCACGCUGUUGCUUGUGUCA